GCCCCUAAGCUUGGUCAGGCCUGAUCAAGUGCUGUGGCUGCAGUCAUGGUGUGCACGCGGAGGCAGCCUCACCCUCUGCCACUGCUUCUCCUGGUGCUUGUGUGGCUCCCCCAAAUCUUGAGUCUAGACCUGAUUCCCUACAUGCCACAGAUAACAGCCUGGGACCUGGGAGGGAAGGUCACGGCCACCACGUUCUCACUGGAGCAGCCUCGGUGUGUCUUUGAAGAGCACAUCUCAGCUAAUGACACUAUCUGGCUAGUGGUGGCUUUCAGCAAUGCCUCCAGGGACUUUCAGAACCCACAGACCGCAGCUAAGAUCCCGACCUUCCCACAGCUUCUGACUGGCGGCCACUAUAUGACAUUCUUGACCCCAUUGCUUUCCUGUCUCUUCAGUGUGAAGUUCCUUGUGAUGGAUGCCCGUGGCUCACCCAAGGCCGAGACGAAGUGGUCCAAUCCCAUUUAUCUCCACCAAGGAGAGAACCCCAACUCCAUUGACACGUGGCCAGGUCGGCGGAGCGGCUGUAUGAUCGUCAUAAGUUCCAUCCUGCCUGCCCUGGCUGGCCUCUUGCUCCUGGCUUUCCUGGCAGCCUCUAUGACACGUUUGUAA